GUUCAGAAUUGGUUUUCAUUCGUCGGAAUCUAGAGAGAGAGAGAGAGAGAGAGAGAUGGAGAAAGCAGUGGCGGAGGCGGAGGAGCUGCCGAAGGCUAUCGUGCGCAGAGUGGUGAAGGAUAAGCUGUCUCACUGCGCCGAAGACACCGACUUCAACGUCCACAAGGAUGCUCUCCUUGCUUUCUCCGAAAGCGCUCGCAUCUUCAUCCACUACCUUUCCGCUACGGCAAAUGAUAUAUGCAAGGAGUCAAAGAGGCAGACUAUAAGCGGGGACGAUGUAUUGAAAGCUUUGGAAGAGAUUGAAUUCUCUGAGUUUCUCAACCCUCUCAAUGCCUCUCUUGUUGAGUUUAGAAAGAAGAAAGCCGAGAAAAAGAAAGGAGCAUCACAAACUAAGGAUGUGAAAAAGAAAAGGAAAUUGGAAGAGCCGUCGACGGAUAAAAAUGAAGGUAGUGAAAGCAAACAAGAUGAAAAUGAUGAAGAGAAUGGAAUUGGUGGUGACUGAACUCAUCUGCAUCAUAGGAUUUUAACAUAGGUAGAAUGUGUUUAAAUUGGCUAUUUAUGUUGAUGCAAUUGUAGUCUAGUCUAUUGCUUUGUGGGUAAUGUAAGGAAGUGUCUUCUUUUAUGCUCAUGCAAUUGUAGUCUAUUCUAUUGCUUUGUUGGUAACGUUUGAAAUAUAUUUAUAUUAAUUAUAUAUUUGUAACCAUCCUUGUGCUCUA